GUUCUCCUAUAAUCUCGCGGGGCGUCGAGUUUCCGGCCUCUUUUUCUCCCGGCGCGGCACUAUGGCGGUUGGCAAGAACAAGCGCCUCACCAAAGGAGGCAAGAAAGGCGCCAAGAAGAAAGUGUAAGUCAGGCCGGGGCAGAAGCUUCGGGGUAGCCGGAGCGCGGUCGAGGGGGAGCCGCGGCCCGCAAACGUCGGAUGCCUCCGAUGUUGGUCGGAUUGAGGAGAGUGGUUGGUGGGUGUAGGGAAAGCGCUGCUGACAUGGCGGCUCUCUAAGGGAAGCGGGCGGGCAGGGGAGCGCGCGGGAAUCGUUCUAGAACGGGCACGUGCGAGUUCCCCAGAGGCGGGGAGGGGUAGGGCUGCAGAUCUCGUGCCUGGAGCCCCGAUUUGGGGGGCCUGAGUUGGGGGCCCCGUCCGGCCUUUCCCUCCUAGUAAUUGUCGGGCCCAGUUAAGCGUGCACCCUGCUAUAAGCAGAGCUUUGAAAUAAAAUGGGGAGUUUCAAAGAAGCAUCUUGGGGCAUCUAUCACGUUCUGGCCAUCAUCUUGCCUGGUGGCUCCAAAGCUCAGGUAGUGUAGUUCAGGGAUGUAAAGUGGCAGUUGACUAACGCUGCUAGCCUCACCUGACUUUUCCUUUAAUUGAGCUUGCUUUUGGGUAGACACGGAUAGGACUGUGCUGUAAAUUCAGCACCGUUUACGCCUUUCUUGAUAUAACUUAGAAGGAUGAAAAGCAGAGUUUUUGGCAUCAGGACUUGCUUGCAGGCCCAGUUCAGGCAGCGUAGAUGGGUGAAAACUGCAUAAAAUAUUAACUUUGGUGUUUUGCUGGGAUAUCGGGAGUCACAUGCAGAAGGUGAAGACUUCCCUGAAACCCUGGAGAUCUGUUGCCGAGUAUAGAUAAUGCUAGAUGGACCCAGAAAACUUUAUUCUGUAUAAGACAUCUAUCUUCCUGUAUUCCAAAUGUUUCUGGAAUUAUAGGAAGUUGCAGGUCUGACAAAGCUUUUCUCUUUUCCUGGAAAUCAGGGUUGAUCCCUUUUCAAAGAAGGACUGGUAUGAUGUCAAGGCCCCAGCAAUGUUCAAUAUUCGAAACAUUGGGAAGACAUUGGUCACCAGGACUCAGGGAACAAGUAAGUUACCUAGAUAGAAAACUGCUACAUAAUUUUGAAAAAAGAUUUAUUCUAAGGCUUGCUAGGUAAAAAUAUGCUGAGUUGAUAGGUGCUACUACAGUGGUGCCCCGCAAGACGAACGCCUCGCAAGACGAAAAACCCGCUAGACGAAAGGGUUUUCCGUUUUGGAGGCGCUUCGCAAAACGAAUUUCCCUAUGGGCUUGCUUCGCAAGACGAAAGCCCAUAGGGAAAUCUCCGGUCCGCGAGCCUGGGCGCGCUGAUCUCAGCGCGCGCAGGCUCCGGCAUGCCGGCAACUCUCCGCGAGCAGCGGCAGCGCUGCCGCUGCUCGCGGAGAGGUCCGCGAAGCCUGGGCGCGCUGAUCUCAGCGCGCGCAGGCUUCGGCAUGCCGGCAACUCUCCGCGAGCAGCGGCAGCGCUGCCGCUGCUCGCGGAGAGGGUCCGCGAAGCCUGGGCGCGCUGAUCUCAGCGCGCGCAGGCUUCGGCAUGCCGGCAGCUCUCCGCCAGCAGCGGCAGCGCUGCCGCUGCUCGCGGAGAGGUCCGCGAGCCUGGGCGCGCUGAUCUCAGCGCGCGCAGGCUUCGGCAUGCCGGCAACUCUCCGCGAGCAGCGGCAGCGCUGCCGCUGCUCGCGGAGAGGUCCGCGGAGCCUGGGCGCGCUGAUCUCAGCGCGCGCAGGCUUCGGCAUGCCGGCAACUCUCCGCGAGCAGCGGCAGCGCUGCCGCUGCUCGCGGAGAGGUCCGCGAAGCCUGGGCGCGCUGAUCUCAGCGCGCGCAGGCUUCGGCAUGCCGGCAACUCUCCGCGAGCAGCGGCAGCGCUGCCGCUGCUCGCGGAGAGGUCCGCUGAGCCUGGGCGCGCUGCUCUCAGCGCGCGCAGGCUUCGGCAUGCCGGCACCUCUCCGCGAGCAGCGGCAGCGCUGCCGCUGCUCGCGGAGAGGUCCGCGAAGCCUGGGCGCGCUGAUCUCAGCGCGCGCAGGCUUCGGCAUGCCGGCAACUCUCCGCGAGCAGCGGCAGCGCUGCCGCUGCUCGCGGAGAGGUCCGCGAGGCCUGGGCGCGCUGAUCUCAGCGCGCGCAGGCUUCGGCAUGCCGGCAACUCUCCGCGAGCAGCGGCAGCGCUGCCGCUGCUCGCGGAGAGGUCCGCGAAGCCUGGGCGCGCUGAUCUCAGCGCGCGCAGGCUUCGGCAUGCCGGCAGCUCUCCGCAAGCAGCGGCAGCGCUGCCGCUGCUCGCGGAGAGGUCCGCGAAGCCUGGGCGCGCUGAUCUCAGCGCGCGCAGGCUCGGCAUGCCGGCAACUCUCCGCAAGCAGCGGCAGCGCUGCCGCGGCGCGCGGGGAGGGCCGCGAAGCCAGGGCGCGCAGGUCGCCCCGCGCGCAGGCUUCGGCAGGCCGGCAACUCUCCGCAAGCAGCGGCAGUGCUGCCGCUGCUUGCGGAGAGGUCCGCGAAGCCUUGGCUGGACAGCUGUUGAAGGCAGGUGGGGGGACAAAGACUUUCGCCCGCCAACCUUCAGAAGAGGUCCAGGACCUCUUCUGAAGGCUGGCGGGGGCAAAGUCUUGUCCCCCCUGCCUGCCUUCCCAGGGGCUUUGAAUUGCCCCGGACAGCGGAGAAGUCCUCCGCUGUCCUGGGGCAAUUUUAAAUGCCGCCCGCCAGCAUUUUAAGAUCGCCCCGGACAGCGGAGAAGCCCUCCGCUGUCCCGGGGUUUUAAAAUGCUGGGGGUGGAAGAAAAGCCCUUGUCGCCCCCCCCUGCCUUCCGAAGAGGUCGGGGGCCAGACUGUCCCCGGGCCUGGUGUGGUGGCGGGUUCCCUGGGGACGCGUUGAUUGAUUUUCAAUGCAUUCCUAUGGGAAACCGUGCAUCGCAAGACGAAAAACUCGCAAGAAGAAAAAACUUGCGGAACGAAUUAAUUUCGUCUUGCGAGGCACCACUGUACUUAUUUAUAAACUAAUUGUUGUAUGUGCCAUGUUUCAACUCUAAAAGCAAGGCCUCAAACCUUCUAAUUUUAACUGCAGAGAUGUUGAAUUCUUAUCUGCCUUGGGAGUUUUGUGAAAUGCAAAGCAAAAGAAUUCAAAACUGCUUGAAAGUGUCUAUAGGGCAGUUUGUUUGGAAAGCUUGCACUCCUGUGCAUAUUCCCUGGAGGAAAUAAAUUGGCAAUACACUUUCGUUUCUAGCUAUUAACAGUUUAUUAUGAGUCUGCAUGAAAGACGCAUUAACAUUAUUUUGUGUUUUUAGAAAUUGCCUCAGAUGGACUUAAGGGUCGAGUAUUUGAAGUAAGUCUUGCUGACCUGCAGAAUGACGAAGUUGCCUUCCGUAAAUUCAAACUGAUUACAGAAGAUGUGCAAGGGAAAAACUGUCUGACAAACUUUCAUGGAAUGGAUCUCACACGUGACAAAAUGUGUUCGAUGGUCAAAAAAUGGCAGGUUAGUAAUAUUUGCAUGUAAUUGUGCUAAUCUGUAAAUGCUGCACUUCAUUGCUGUUGCAGGGUGGUGGAAAUCUUAGGUACUGGAUAAUCCUCUCUUAGCAUCACAGGAUCAACUUGCCCCAUUGCUGGAUCCAGUUCUAUGCUCUCACCUUGAAUAUUCUCCCCACACUCCCCUUUCUCAAGGGGAGAAAAUUGGUUUUUUGUUGGAACUAUAAAAGCAGAUUUGUUUAAAAAAGUCCAACUGGAUAGUGAAUAAAGGUUUCACAGCAUACCCACAAUGCCAAAUUCAUAUUUGGAAUUUUAUAAUCAUGAAAGAUUGCUAGCUAACUGGGUAACACUCGAAAUUUACCAGGCACAUCUUGCACCUGGCUAUUGGCCUCUUGCAACCAAGUGAAGGUGCCCAGGCGCCAGGUUGGCGCCUGAUGUUUCCACCAUCUGGAGGUGCAUGCCUGGGGAUCCAUGGAACUUGACUUUUCACACACUAGCAUUACACCCUGUAGUUAUAUUUUAUCUGCACAAUCAGAAUGAAUUUCAAUUUCAAGAACCAAAGUUGUCUUGAAAAAUGUGACUUUUGAGCUGUCUGGAUCAAAAAGGAAAACCAGGCAUUCCGUUUCUAACGCGGUAACUGGGUAUGGGGGCCUUGAUUUGUAGAUGUGGCUGCUUGGAUGACUGUGUUGAUGUAAUCCUUCCUUUGUUGCACUGAGCAUUGAACACCUGAUCUUUUUGCUUGGUCCAAAAUUUAUAGUAGAAACUUUUACUCAAGUACAUUAUUUGGGUAUAUUGAACAACUGUUAAUUUUUUCCAGACAAUGAUUGAGGCCCAUGUGGAUGUAAAAACUACAGAUGGAUAUCUUCUGCGCCUUUUCUGUGUUGGCUUCACCAAGAAGCGAACUAACCAGAUUCGCAAGACUUCCUAUGCCCAACACCAGCAAGUCCGCCAAAUCCGCAAGAAGAUGGUGGAAAUCAUGACACGAGAAGUGCAGACAAAUGACCUGAAAGAAGUUGUCAAUAAACUGUAGGUUAAAAUUUGUGUCCCAUGUUUAGGAAGGCAGUUUUUAUUCCAUCUAGCUUUAAUUUUCAUAGCAGUGUAUAUAAAUAUUCCAGCAGAUUUUAGCUGUUCCAGGCCAACCGUUAACACCCAUUUCCAUACAGCACAGUCCUGUCAGCUUCAGUUUAUGGUGGGAGAGUUGUUCUGUCAGCUCCUCUGUAUUACGAAAACAAUAUUCUUAGUACUCAUUUGUUGUAUCUUAAUACUUGUUUUAUCCAAAUAAUUUAUCAAAUUUUAUCCAAAAUUUUCCAAAUUUUAGGCAAAUAUAUUGAAUUUUUUUGAAUUGUUUGCUAGUCACGUGUAGCAAUCUCAUGUGUUUGUGAUGGGGUUUCAGUGAGACAGGCACCAUAAAAUUCCUUAGUAGAUUUACCGUUGUGGAGGUAUGUUACAGUGUGACUUUGCUCCUUGAGAUCUUUCUGACAAAUUCAUGGAGCAUAAUUCUGCUAAUGUGCCAAUCAGGAUGGCUAUGCACUGCCUCCAUAAUCAGAGGCAGUUAAGUUUUUGGCUCAAAUGUGGAGUCACAGGUUCAGUUGCAAUCCUUUUUUUAUCAUUGUGGUGCAGAGUCAGCGGAGGAGAACUGUCAUCUCCAUUCAGGCUCCAGCAAUAAUGGCUGCUUUCUGGGAUAUGUAAUGGUACUACUUUUGGGGGGUUUUCAAUAGUGUGAUUCUUAAUUUGAACCUAAUAAGUCAAACUUUAUUUCCUGUCAUUCUAGCAUCCCAGACAGCAUUGGGAAAGACAUAGAAAAAGCGUGUCAGUCCAUCUAUCCCCUUCAUGAUGUCUAUGUUCGUAAAGUCAAGAUGCUUAAGAAGCCCAAGUUUGAAUGUAAGCAUUUUGGUAUCUUAUCUAAAGAAUAUUUUUUGCUAUAUUCAUUGGUUGGGAAUGAAUGAUGACAAUUUGUUUCGGUCCCAGAUGAAACAAUGAUUACUAUUUUCAAAUUCUGACAUUCCCAUAAAUCAUAAAAGGUUAAGUCUUGAUUGUUUUCAAAAAGCGUAUUGAGCCAAUCAAUUUAAUUUUAAACAUGGCUUCAUUCUUUAGAAGCACUUUGUUAACUUUAAAUGUAGAAUCUUAGCAUAAAAUUGUCUCUGUGUUAAUUCAAACUGUUGCAUUAUUAUUUGCAGUGGGCAAGCUGAUGGAGCUGCAUGGUGAAGGUGGUGGUGCUGGAAAGCCAUCAGGUGAUGAAACUGGUGCCAAGGUAGAGCGAGCUGAUGGGUAUGAGCCCCCUGUGCAAGAGUCUGUCUAAAAUCAGAUACAAAAAUAAAAAAAGAUUUAAUAUAAAUGGCAUGGUUAUGGGCUUUGUGUCUUUUUCUUUUUUAUAAACCCAGUUGGCCGUUAUACUUCAAGGUAUAGACGAUGGGGUGCAG